AUAAAUGAAAUAAAGGAAUAUGAAAUGUAUUAAAAAAUAAAUAAAAUAAACAACCAGAAGUUAAUAAAACUCUUAAUAUUUUCUGUUGAUAAUGAAUGAACGAAAACGAAAACAAUAACAAAAUGGUCUGGUCCAUUAGUUAUGAAUAAGAGUUUGCCUCUAGCUGCUCACUCAGAUGCUUGUUUAAUUUUAAGCGGAUCUUCUUUUCUAAAACGGCUGUGAACGGAGGCACAACGCCUAGAACGCGAACUAUUUAAUUGUUAUACAACUCUAGAAAACUAAAAAUAAGCUCAAAAUCGCGGAAAUCGUAUUGAGAUUAUUUAGUGCAACGAAAAAAAAAUUAAUUAAAUUUAACAGCAAACACAGCUAAAAAUAACUAAAAACGCACUUACACAGAAAUAUUUAAAACAAAAAUACAUUUUAAUCAAAAAUAAAUUAAUUACAACACGCUGUACGUGUAAAGAAAAACCGGUAAAAACCAAUUAAAAAGAUUACAGAUUACGAAUCUCAAUCACUCUCUCAAACAUACUGAUGUAUUCGCUUUAAUAAUUGUGUAAAGAAAAGUUUGAUUGCAAAAAAUAUUGUUAAAAUAUACAUACGUAAAUAAUAAACACCUUUGGCUAAGUUUAGCCAGGCGCCAGUCUAAUAAUAGACUGACUGACUCGAUCGCUUGAUCGAUCUCCUCUUGCGUUUAACUCUAACAACCUACAAACACCAGCCAACAACAUUCCGCGAAGCGUUCGUAAACAACCAACCGAACAACCACUUUAUCGUAAUCUCUGUCAAACAAACAAACCAACAAAUACUCACUCGUAAACAAGCAAGCAAACAAACAAACAAACAAAAACAAACGGACAAACAAAUAAAAAAUCUAAAAAUAAAACCAGCUGAUUUUGUUACCGUGAAAAAAAUAUUUGUUUUUAUUUUCAUUAUUUAUUUAUAUUUACAACAUUUGACAACAACAACAGCAGCAAGCAGAUAAAGUUGUAACCAGCAACGACACAGAACAACAACAACAACACCAACGACCGACUUAUGUUAUCUAUCAUCUGCAUGCCACACUCACAUCUGUAACUCAACGUAACUCAACGAUUACAUGCAGAGCAGAGUGUUUGUUUAUUUAAGGAAAAACUAUAAAUAAAUUCAAUGUUUGUUGCACAGGCGUAAUAAUAACAAAAACAGCUGCAAUAUGUAAGUGUGACCAACAACAACAAGUGUAAAUAGUGUAAAAUAAAUAAACAAAGUACUAGAAGAAAAUCUUCUCAAGAAACACAAAAACAAGUCGAAUGCUUGACUCCAACAGUGACAACAAACAUUGGAAAAUCACACUGAUCGAAAGCAACAACAAUAACAACAACGACGACAACAUCAUCGACAAAAGGCGCGUCGUCAAACACACCACACAAAUACCAUCACAAGAAGGUUUCAACGUUCAUUGCAAACGAUCUUCAUGUCCAGAGCUAUGCAGAGCUCGAUACGAAACAGUGUAGUGCUCGCACCCUGCACGCAAUCUUCUUUAACUUUAACAAAAUCCAAAAGAAGUCAAUUUCAAUAAAUCAUUAUAAAUCCAGAACGCAAAAUAUAUCGAAUCAGUUUGAAUAAAUAAACGUUUUUCUCUGAACACUAUAAACCAUCAACAAAGUGGUCAAUUGACCACGAAUUACAGUUUUCGCUAAAACAGAGAUGUCUGUUAAAGUACUUUCUUAAAUGCAAAAUAAAAUUCAAAUUAAAAAAAAAGUAAACUAAAAUUGUGAUUUAAAAAAAAGCUUGUGUGUGAUAGACAAAUAAUAAUUUUUUUUAAAUAUAUGCUAAUAAAACGUCAUAAAAAUAUAUUGUUUGUCCUUUUCGUUCAACCCUCGUAAACCCAAAAACAAAUCAACUUAAAAAUUUAAAGUUCCUUAUUUAAGUGAUUACAACAAAAUUAUAUUUAGAAAAUUAUUAAAUAAAUUAACAACGACAAAAAAAAUACAUGAAACUUUUGGUUGUGUCCUACUAUAUUGUUCGCACUUUUAACGCAGCCUUUUAAACACCUGCAACGGUCAAGGGAAAGAUAUUUUACAUAGAGAGCUUUUGCUGUACGUAUGAUGAGCAACAGUUGUCGCAUCUCACCAGUUUGCCGGAUUGUUCAGUUAGAAAACCACAAAAAAGAUGUUUUCCCUAAAAUAUAUAAUCUCAACCCAACAUCAUCGUAUCUUAAGUUUAACAACAAUUAUUUUAGUCAUUUGCUUAAUUGUGAUAAUAUAUAUGCCCACACCUGCCCAAACACAUCCCCUGUCACCACAAGAUGGUCAUACGCCCAAUAGACGUUACUGUAGUACAGCAUUAUUUGAGGCGAUACGUGUCAUAUGCGAGGGUCGUACCAAUUCACUAUCUAGUAGAUAUCCUGAUAGUGUUGGCAAUCGUAGACCGAGUCUUCUGAGACGUCUACUGCCAGAUGACGAUGUCAUAUUUCGUCCUUCAUUUGGUGGCGCUGUUCAUGAGUGCUGUCGUCGUCCAUGCGGUUAUUCGGAACUGCAUGCCUAUUGUGAAGAUUAAGAAUUUCUUUUCUUUUUCUCUUUUUGAAUACACAAAAGUACUUCAUUCAUUCGUUCAUAUCCAUACAUCUAUUCAAUUUUGUUCGUCAUCAUUAUUAUUUUAUUUUUAUAUUAUUUGCAAUUAAUAUAUAAAUAACUUUAUUUUAUUUUAUUUUCUUGCAUACACAUGUUUGUUCGUUCGAUCAUUCAUUUUAGGCUGUUUAGAUUUAUUUAAGAUUUUUUUUUGUUAUUAUUAAUUUUAUUUUUUAUUUUUUUAACAUUUUAGGUUGUCUUUUUUUAUUUCUAUUCUAUUCUAAUCUAUGUUUAUUUUUUUA